AUGUAUAGUAGUGCCGUGGGGGUGGAAGGAGCGGACAGUGUAUAUAAGGAAGACGGAGCUGGGAAUGCUAGGGGGUUGUACUGCAUACUACCUACUACCCAGCCCCAGUUCACCACCUGCGACUUCGUCGAGGAACUCGUACAGGCUCAACACAUGACCAAGCCGUUCGAUCUCUUUCCUCCUCCUUCCACCCCGGUCUCGCAGCUCCCGAACCUUCGUUCGGUGCUUGAGCAUCCGAAGGGCCAGACGGAGGCGUCCACCACCUCCCUACUCGAGAUUCUGAAAGACAAUCAUGCGAGGUGGCAUAUCUUCUUCAAUGAUGCUAGCUUUCACAACCAUACAGCGCAUACAGUUCUCGCUCUGUGGUCUCUAGGAGCAUCAGAGAAGCUCUUGAAAGCGUCGUACGAUAUCACCCAACAGUACCAACGCCCCAUCUCUGAUUCCCCCCACGAAAUCACCACAGAGAACUGGAAGGACCAUCUGGGUGAUUCCGGUUUCUACAAAGCUUAUUUGACGUUCUUCACCGCCGAACUCGAACGGUUAGGUGCCCACCGCCUUUUGGAGGUGUACAUUUUCUCUGUCGAGGCCAACUUCCCCGAGAAUCCCGUGCAAGGCUCGGCUGUGAGCAAUGAGAUCAAUGGGACUACGGGGUUGAAGGACGAAAAGGGCUGUGGUGCGCCAGUGGAGAUGCUCAACCGUUUCCUCGACUCCAUCAUGCACCCGCUCAUCCACGCGGGGUAUGGAUUGGAGUUCAACAUCCCCGUGAUGCUGGUGGAAGGUGUUGCCCAGGCGAUGCUGCACAAGCCUUCCUCGUCUAUUCUUAUCCCCCGCGAACUCUUCUUCCCGCUUUCUGCCACCAGAGAUGAGUCGAGCUCUCAGUCGGUUUCGCUGAAUGGUACGACUGGAGGACCUCACGCCCUCUCCAUCCUCGCUCGCCUCAUGAAAGACCCGUCUUUUAAUGGGUUCAGGCCCUCUUCGGAUAUGAAGAUGUACGCAGAGACGAUGAAGAAGUUCGGUGCUCAGAUCAAGACGUAUGGGGAUGCGUGGUUGGGCUCCACCCCGCGUCCUCUUUCGGAUGUGGAGGCGGAGGAGAAAGCGAAAGAGCUGAUUUUGCUCGUUACGUUCAUCUAUGGCGUGUUGGGUGCGGGUGGGCUAUACCGCGAUGGGCUAAAGGCAGAGGAGAGGGACAGGAAGAAGUAUAACGCCGAUUUCUUCUUCGCGCACUUUGUAACCUCAGCCUACUUCAUACCCACCUUCCUCGCCCACCUCCCGUCCGACACCGGUUCCCACGCCCGCUACCUCCUCCUCCGAAGCUACCUCUCAGUCAUCCUCGGGUGGUACGUCGGUCGCGGAAGGCCCACCACCAGCCCAGCGCACAUCAAAGCCUUCUUCUCCGACGCUUCUGGCCUCACGCCUUCCAAGAGAUUCGAAGGGUCGAGGAGUCCAUGGGAGGCUGUCCUGAAAAGUGCGAUGUACCACCCUGAUGAGCACGUCCCCAAGUUGCAGAGGACGUUGAAGUACUUUGACGGGAUUUUGGGUGGCCUGGAGAAGGAGAAGGGGGCGUUGAAAGACACGGAGCUUGAAGGAGCGGAGUACGUAGAUGGAACCAUCUUCCUCCGCACGGCUCUACUCUCCGCUGAGAGAUUCGGGUGGCUCGGUGAAGGAGAGGGGUUGAACGCUCCUCGUUCCAAGGCAGCUAUUACUGUCAAUGGUGGGGCUGCAGAGAACUUCAACAACGACGGCACUUGGAAAGGCGAAAAUGGCCAAGCAAAUGGGGAACCUGAUAUUGAGAAUCUACAAGAGAAGAUGGCGAGGUUGUUGUUGACGUUCCCGUGGGAUAGGAAGGGGUUUUAUGAGUCCGCUUGAACUCUCAUCAUAUGUCUAAUUUGGGCUUGAUUGAAUAGCGCGUUACAUAGUACGGGAGCCCAAGUUGAAAAGUUAUCUAUACUCGAGCAAAACAUGUUACGGUACUAGGAUUUAUUGAAAAUUUCCCGAAACCCACAGCUGCUUGUGGGACGUC